AUGGAAGCAGCCGCUGCGCUCGUCAGUUUUGUCGGCCUAGCAGGUCCUGUUGCGCAAGGUCUGAAGUUCCUAUAUGACUUCACCACCAAUAUGAAGGACUGCCCGAAAGAUAUUCGCGAGAUGAAGACCGAUCUUGAAUUAGUAGAAGAUUUGAUCACGCAAGUAAUUCGACAGUGCAACGAGCGUGAUGUGCGACUUCGGGAAAGCGCGGAAUUGGCACGCGCAAUUGGUCACGCCCAGGAAAGCGUCGAAGAUCUUAAGAAGGAGCUGGCUGCAUAUCUUGUGAAUGGAAAACGUAGGCGAUUCAGGUUUGCAGCCAAGAUCAGUCAAACGCAAAAACUCAGGGGAAGCCUGGAUAGGACUAAGACCAUCAUGUUUGAGUUUAAGAAUCAGCUGCAAAGCGACCUGCUAUAUGACAUUCUUGACAUAAAUCAAGAGGUUCUCAGAUCAGUAGAGAGGACAAGCAGAAAUCUGGAAACAAAAGACGGGAAACUUCACAAGGUCACGCAAAUAUCCGAGAUCCAAGCAGAAACCACGAAUAUUUCCAGGGGUAGAGUUGAGGCUUCGGUUCAGCUAGCAAGCGACAUCUCAUCUGAAGGUCAAACGGACAUUGAAAUUGUUGCAAAGAAGCUUGAGCACAUCACGGAAUUGUUGACGGAAACAAAGAUCUCAUCUUCACCGACUUCAUUACCAUCAACGCCUGCAUUGACACGAGAAGUCAGUAACACCUCCAUGAUGACCUUGGUCCAGGAAACGACUACCAGCAGCAUUUCAAGCUCGCAAAACAUUUCGCGGUCAUUAUCUCAGAAUACUCAGCAACUAAACAUCGCUUCAAAACACCCCCUUCUACAGUUCAAGGAUAACCAGUUCCAAUUCUUGAUCGCGCUCAUCUUCACCCAGCGCACCAGCAGUCAGCAUCUUGCUUAUAUAGACACCCCAGAUAAGACACUGUUGGAGUACAUGGAGCAUUUGAAAAUAGAAGCAUGGGCCAAAUGCCUUUAG